CCACCCACCCACGUGGUAUCAUUAAAACAUGGUGUUUUUCUGUUGCAAUGCUUGUGGCCAGUCAGUCAAGAAGAACGCAGUAGAGAAGCACUGGCAGACUGAAUGUGCACGCUGUUGGAUACUCUCUUGCUUAGAUUGUGGAAAAGACUUCGUUGGAGAUGAUUAUAAGACUCACACUUCAUGUGUAACUGAAGCUGAAAAGUACCAAGGGGACCUUUUUAAAGGAGAGAAAGGAGGCAUCUCAAAAGGAGAAAAGAAACAGCAAGAAUGGCUGGAGUCAGUUUCUGCAUGUCUACAAGCUGGCACUUAUUCUCCACGUAUCUCAUUGUUAUUAAAGAAAAUAUUGCAAUAUCCAAACAUACCAAGAAAAAAAGCUAAAUUCCAGAAUUUUGUUAAAAAUAGCAUCAAUGUUCACGAUCAAAGUACACUGGAUAGUUUAUGGGACAUAUUUCAUGAUCCUCCAAAGACACAACAAGCUAUCAAUACUCCAACAGAAUCAGCUCCUGAUGUUGCAGAAGGUAAAAUGUCAGAAGAGAAGACGACAAUUAAAGUAGAAGUAAAAACUGGACAAGAUUCUACGCCUCAGUUGGGAAUUGAAAGUGGCCAGACUGUUAAAAGGAAAGGAAAAAAAAGGAAGAAAUCUGAAUGUGAAGAUGAAGAUGACUACAUAGUGCUUGAAAUCAUUGAAAAUGACGAAAAAAACUUGGGGGCUGGAAAUGAGUCAAAUGACCAGACUGUUAAACAAAAGAAGAAAAAAAGGAAGAAAUCAAAAUGUGAAGACGAAAAUGACUUGCACGUACCACACGAAAUCAAAAGCGAAAAAAAGGAAGAGCCCAAAAAACCGGCCAAGAAAAAAAAGAAGAAAGCAAAAAAGAAAGAAAGCAAAGCUUGAAGUGAAGAACAAUAAAGGAAAAUGAAUGGUGAUUAUAAUUGUUUUUACAAAAAAAUGUUUUGGCGCCAAAUACAUCAAAUUACAUUAAA